GGAGCCGCUGUGCUGCAGGGGGGGAGCUCUCGGAGCCGGAGACGAGCUAUGGCCGUGGGUUAAACCAGCUCCUUCCAUACCAAACAAACCGACUGUUAAACCUGGCUCUUUGUUUUGAGGAGGUAAAGUCCUGUUCGUGUUCAGGUUUUACGAGAAUGACUGUGUUUUGUAUGUUUAGCCUGUCAGGCUACACGUCUAGGCUAGCGAGCUAGAUUAGCUAGGUAGCUAAGUAGCGGAGCUGCUGGUUGUCUGCCGUUAUUUAUUCGUUCAUAUCCGGUAAAACCCAGAAUGAGUGAAGGUGAGAGUGCGGGUUCUGCACCUGCCGCUGGUCCAGAAGGUCCGAGCUCUCUCGGCGGCGAGAACAGCGGCGUGGUGAGUCUGAGCGCCGACACUGUUUACUCGUACCACGACGCAGAAGAUCCAGGCGAGGAGAGCGACGCUGUGGAGGCGCCGGAGCCGCGGGAGAGCGCCGCGAGCCCCGCAGAAGCCAACGAGGACGAAGCGCUGAGCGGCGAGAACGCGCCCAAGAAGUGCGUGUACGACGGCUGCACGGAGACCACCAAGCAGGUGGCCAAGCAGAGGAAGCCGUGGAUGUGUAAAAAGCACCGCAACAAGAUGUACAAGGACAAGUACAAGAAGAAGAAGAGCGACCAGGCCAUGUCAUCCGGGAAAAUGGAGGAGGGCUCAGAGGAGAGGCCAGUUUCUGUGACUAAACAGCGGCUUGGAACCAUGGGAGAACGUCCUGCGAGACCUUCCCUAAUAGAGCAAGUUUUAAACCAAAAGAGACUGUCUCUCUUGCGGAGCCCAGAGGUCAUCAGUUUCCUCCAGCAGCAGCAGCGCCUCCUGACCACCCAGGCUCGAGCUCAGAGUCAGGACUACUGACCAGUCUUGCUGCGUGUCCAGCACUACUGACUGCACUACUGACUUGGGUUCAAAUAACCAGACUAUUACAAGCAUUUUGUAAAGAACUUAUUCGGCUUAAGGAAACAUGAAGAUUGUGAACCCAUUUGUUACAUCAGUGUCUGAUAAGAAGAACCUUCAGUGUCUCUGAAGACUCCAUGAUAUGAGGUGAAGAGAGAACUGAAGUAGUGAAGUCAUUAUCAUGACAAUCAUCAGUAGCAGAUCUACUGUAUAUAAUGCUUUUUUUAAACUAUCAGUGUUCUCUUUAUCACGAUUUUUUUAAUAAUGUUUUUAUUAUGCGUUUGUAUUUGUGUGUCAUUUUAAACUAGUUAUGUAAAUUAUUAGAAGGCAGCUACAUCAUAAAAUCAGUAGUCACUGGGCUUAAACAGACCCUAAAGGCUGGGUUCUCAGACUCAGAUUAAGGCUAAUCUUAGAGUAGAAUAAUUUCAAAAAGGGAUUCACCUUUGAAACUACAAUUUAGUCCAAGACUAGGCUUAGUCCAUGUCUGGGAGCCCAGCACUUAGGGUCUGUUUAAGCCUAGUCAUAGACUACACAGCAUUCUGAAUGGAGAUAGGAAAGUGUAGUUCAAGGGCCUCAUUUAUAAAACUAUACACUAUGUGGACAGAAGUAUUGGGACACCUACACGUUACACCAUUCUAAAUCCAUAGGCAUUAAUAUGGAGUUGGUCCCUCCUUUGCAGCUCUAACAGCUUCCACUCUUCUGGGAAGCUUCUACAAGAUGUUGGAGAGAGUCUGUGGGAAUUUCUGCCCAUUCAUCCAGAAGAGCAUUUGUAAGGUCAGACACUGAAGUUGGACGAGAGGGUCUGGCUCAAAAUCUGUUCUGCUUCAUCCAAAGGUGUGUGAUGGUCAGGGCUCUGUGAGGGCCAGUCAAGUUCUUCCACACCAAACUCACCCAGCCAGGCCUUUAUGGAGCUGCUUUGUGCACUGGGGCUCAGUCAUGCUGGAACAGAAAAGGUUCUUCCCCAAACUGUUCCCACAAAGUUGGAAGCAUAGAAUUGUCCAAAAUGUCUUGUUCUGCUGAAGCAUUAAGGUUUCCCUUCACUGGAACUGAGGGUUCUAGACCAACCCCUGAAAAACAGCCCCAUAUCAGCAUCCCUCCUCCACCAAACCCUACAGCUGGCACAGUGCAGUCAGGCAGGUAACGUUCUCCUGGCAUUCACCAAACCAAGACUCAUCCAUCAGACUGACAGAUAGAGAGGCGCUCCAGAGUUGCUGUGGUUCCUAAACUAAUGUGUAUAAAGGCAGGCUGCAUGGCUACGUGCUUGAAUUUAAACACCAGUGGCAACAGGACUGAAUGAAACACCUGAUUUCAAUGAUUAAGAGGUGUGUCCCAAUACUUUUGUCCAUAUAGUGUACUUGAAUUUCAUUGAAAAUUUGUUCUUAAAGAGGAAUUCCCUACAUUUUUAAAUAAUGGUGCAUGGUGACGUGACCCAGUUCAGUGUAGAGAAACUUGCCAACUCAGAUUUCUUUACACUGGUGGUGGUGAUGAACAGUAGCAGGGUCACAAUGUCCACAACACAAAUAUAGCCAUUUUAUUUAUUUUCCAAAACCACCAGUGAACCUAAAUCUUCUAAGUUUUAUACGCAAUGUUAAUGAUGGUAAAAUAGUGGAAAAUAUGGAACACUAAGUGUUCUUUGG